AUGCAAACAAUCACACGCUUGCUAUCUUCUCACACGUUUUCUAUUGAACCAUGGGACGACCUUCCGGACCGCCGUUUCCGGAACUGUAUGCAGCCCCUUACUACCAUAGAGCGAGAGCGCAAGUCGACCCUCUUCGCAGUCUGCCCCCAAUCGCUCUGCUUGUCCAUCAAUAGCGUCUGCACGAGUCGUAAAGAAACAGCCGCUUGCUACUUGGAUGCUCGACCGUUCUUCCGAUUCUCACGUCCGGGUGGACUGUCGGUUCAUGCAAUAGAUGUACUCAAGAUAGGCAUUUCGGUCGACCGAUUCCCUCGCAGUAGAGAGAGCAUGCGAGCAUUCCAUUACCUGAAAGGACAAUGCGACAUGCAUCGAACUACGGCAUCGAAAUUCGGGAGUACGGCGUCUCGAGGCAUCGAAGUGGAAUGCGCAGCCCAAGGGCCUGCAGCUUGA